CCUUUUUGUUUUGAUACUCUCAUAUUUGAGAAAGUUUUUGCUGUCUGCAAACUGGUUUGUGGUCUCUAGGCUGCUGGAAUCAGGUAAAAAUCUACCAAAAGAACCUUUUGGGUGUAUGUGUGGUGUUUUUCAGUAUUAACUGCCCAGGUACUGGUUGGGGGCAUAUCUGCAUAACUGCUGUGGGGUUUUAUUCAUUUAUUUAUUUUUUUAACCAUAAGGGACUGUGAUUGCACCCUGCUGGAGGAUCUGUGAGUGAUUGAGACCAGUGGAGGGAGUUUCUGUGUAUGCCGGGUGGUUGUAGGAUAAUCUUGUAGCAGGCAGAUAUGGCCAACAGUAUCUAGAGGGGAUUUAGAAUCAUUGUUUUUUUUCAUUUGUGUUCAUUUUCUGUCUGUCAACUAAGUGGUGUUUGUCUUAAAAUUGCGACUCCUUGAGAAAAUCUUUUGUUUGGGAGGAUUGUAUUGCUUUUAUUAUUACAAGUUUCAAUAUUGGAGGUUGGGUAACAAUCCGACCAAUCUGAAUUACAAACCAAGUUUCUAGCCCUUGCUGAGCGCUGAACAGGGGGAGCCUACGCCAUUUUGAAAUAGCACAUGUGCCAGCGGCCAUUUUGUCUUUAAGCACAUGUGCCAGCGGCCAUUUUGUCUUUGUUUUUGAAAAGGUAUAUUGGGCUAUUGGUGGGAGACACAUCCCCUGCAUAAAACCCUAACAGUUGUUCUAUUGUAUAUAAUAGAUUUUCAUCUUACAUUUCAUAAAAGCAAAGUUCUCUUUGAACUUUUUGGAACAUUUUUUACAUUUUUUGUUAUACCUCUCUGCUGUUCCCUGCAGUCUAUUGACUCCUACUUCCUCCGGGAUAGGGGGUUUUCCUAAGGAAGAGACCAUCACAUGGUGUUGUAAUUGUCCUUUUGUGUGAGUGAAGGAAGAGUGUUACAUGGUUUACAACAUAAGGCUAUUUGUUAACUAGCUGUUUCUCUUUUUAUACUCCUUGUUUUCCUGCUCUCUCUUUAUUUUCCUCUCUUUAUUUUCCUCUCUUUAUCCUUCCUUCCGUCCUUUAAUCUCCUCAUCUCUCUCACUUUUCUCCAUUUCUCUCUUUUAAAACACUUUUGCUUACCCACUCUCUCUCUCUCUGUCUCACCUUGCUUUUGGCUAGCCCUCUUUUCUGUUUUAAUCUAUUCUCAAACCAACACAUUCUCUGUAGGUUUGGUUGGAAGACAUCUUUUCAGUCAUUGGAAGUCUGGUAGUGUAAGAUAGCUGCUGUCUGCUUAUGAAAGUUGCUGUUAGGAAGGAAAUUCCUGUUAGUUACGACCAUAAGGGCUGUGCUGCGAAGUCGGACUGUAUAGGGUGAAAAAACAGUGAACUGGUUAGCUUUUUGUGAGGAGAAAAAGUGGGCCCAGCCUAAUCGGGUUCAUCAAUUGUUGCGUGAGCUUUGUUCUCUUUUCUCUUCCCCUCGAGGUCCAUCUUAAGGGUGGAAGGUGUCCGUGGUUUGUAUCAAAGCCCGGGGGUGGAGUUUGUGGGGAAAUUAUUGAGGACUGUUCCCUUUCUUGUUCGCUUUCUUGACUUUUCGUCACUGAGUGACCAGGUGUCCGCGGUUCGUACCGGAAGCUUGGGGGACGGAACUUGGGGAGGUGAACUGGGGAGGGGUUUCUCUGUUUCUAUCUGUUUUUCUAGCCACUUUCUCUCAAAACCUGACUGGGGUGACCAGGUGUCCGUGGUUCGUACCGGAAUCCCUAGGAAGGUUCAACUAUAUCUCCCUUGUUCUCACUUCCUGUCGCUCCCUCUCACUUGCUGUCAACACUCCAGGCAUUGGAGACUCUUAUCCUGCAGUCAGGGCACUGUUUUGAGCCAAUUUAGCACGAUGGAUAAAGAAGCUGUCCGUGGUUCGUACCUGUCCGGAUCCCUCGGCCGCUGAUCCUUCUCUCUGAGUGGGCUACGGUGGAUAAUGACCGUGGUUCGUAUUUGAAGCCCUAGAGCUACUCAGAGGACGAACAGGGUAGACAGCUGACGUGGACCUGGUUACCACAGGGGUCCAUGACUAGCCCAUCGGAAUAUAGUUGCAAGCUAAAGGUGGUAUUAGACCAGUGGGUGCCAGAGGAUCCGGAGGUCGCACUGUUACAAUUUGUGGACGAUCUAUUAGUUUGUUGCCCGGACAAGGAUUCAUGCUACAGACACAGCUACAGAAGGUUAUUUUUCUAGGCCACUGUAUCUCAAAAGGGACCCGACACCUGACAACACAACGGAUACAGACUCUCAAAGACUUCACCCGACCUCGUAAUGCCCGACAGUUGAGAGCCCUUCUAGGUCUGAUCAAUUACAGCAGAGAUUGGAUCCCUAAUAUUUCAUUCAAAAUGGGCCCUCUCUAUACUUUACCCUCUCAGACACCAUUUCAACUAACUGACGAACACUGGUCAACCCUCCAGGAUCUGAUCCAGGAACUCUCCAGGGCCCCGGCCCUAGGUCUUCCCAGCUAUGACCUAUCCUUUUAUCUCUUUUGUCACUAAAGCAAAGGGCAUGCCACUGGGGUACUGACCCAAUUACAUGGAUCCAGGUAUAGACCCAUCAUGUACAUUUCCACUGAAUUGGAUCCAGUCAUCAAAGGUUCACCUGGGUGCGUCCGAGCUUCCGCCGCCUGUGCGGUGUUAUUACAGAAAGUUGGUGACAUAGUUUUAGAUUCCCCUCUAACCCUUCUCACCCCACACUCUGUCCAAGAGAUUCUCAACCAGGUCCAGACCAAACAUCUUUCAGCAGCACGUCUGACCAAAUACGAAGUGGCUCUCCUCACCCCAACUAACCUCACACUGAAACGAUGUACAAUCCUCAACUGUCUUGAACUCAUGGAACUCGAGACAGAAGCAGUUAGUCCUGUCAAGAGAGCUCCCCUUCCGGAAGCAAUAGACCUUUUUGUAGACGGUUCCAGGUAUUACACAUCAGAUGGUAAACCUCACACAGGAUACGCUGUAACAACAGUUGACAAAGUAGUAGAAAGAGGCUCUCUUAGCAGCCACAUGUCGGCCCAGGAGGCUGAAUUACAUGCAUUGGCCAGAGCCUGUGAAAAACAUGAAGGUUUAAGGAUCAAUGAACACACGGACUCGAGGUAUGCUUUUGGUAUAGCUCACGAUUUUGGCCCAAUCUGGAAAGCUAGAGGAUUCCUCACUAGCUCGGGGAAACCUGUAAAACAUACCGAAAUGAUCAAUAGAUUGUUCAUAGCAUUCACUCUUCCUUUAGAAGUGGAUAUCUUAAAGGUCAAAGCUCACACCACAGAGACCACCAUGGAAGCCAAGGGCAAUGCAAUGGCAGAUCUGGCUGCUAAAGAAGGAGCCCUUGAUCCCCCUCCCCUGUCUCUAAUGCUAGCUAAACCCACUAAUGUGUCUCUCGAGGAAUUUGAGAAGUUGCAGGCUCAAGCGGAGAGUACAGAGAUCUCUAAAAUAUCCACUGACACGGGCAAACCUUGGCCUGAGUGUUUGUCUAUUGCCCUGUACUCUGUGCGUAAUGCCCCAAGACAGCCUCACGGGCUGUCCCCUUAUGAGAUUCUGUUCAGGAGUAGGCCCAAGACGGGAUUGUACUUUCCCCAGCAGCUGUCGUCUUUACAUUCUCAGUUGACGGGGUAUGUGCAGUCUCUUCAGCGGGAACUCCAAAAGAUACAUCAUAGAGUUCAUGAAUCUAUUCCUGAUCCAGAGUCUAUAACCGGUUUGCAUUCUAUCCAACCAGGUGACUGGGUAGUCAUAAAGAAACAUCAGCGCCAGGGACUAGAGGCGAGAUACACCGGGCCUUACCAGGUUCUUUUGACAACAUCCACCUCCCUUAAGAUCGAGGAACGUGACGGGUGGAUCCACGCCAGCCACUGCAAGAAGCUGCUGAACUAUCAAGUGCAAUGAUCAGGUGCAUUGUUUCUAUAUACACUUGUUGUUUAAUGUAUUUUGGAUACUGUUAUGAGGAGUCACAUCCGAAUUUACUGUUCAAGAUGCAUUUACAAUUAGCAAAGACAGCAAAUAGGUCCAACUGCUGGGUGUGCUCCAAACCCCCUCCGAGCCAGAGCAUUCCGGCGAUGGCGGCAGUACAUGCCCUUUAUGACAUCAGGGUGGGCAUGAGAAAAUUUAGUCCUUCAGGUAGAUCAGCGGAACGCCAUCUGUCCAUAGAAUUUAAUCAGACAUUCUUAGAUGGUAAUGUCACCUAUGGUCUUGAUGUCAGCCCCGAGGCUUGUACUAGACUUAGCAGACCCGUGUGGGUAUCUGGUCAAUUAGGCCAGCCCGGGAUUUGUUUUAAUAUCAGCUCUGGUUUUGGAGCCAAGUCCCUGGGGAGGACCGAAUGCCCAUCUGGGAUAACCAUCCAGAUCGACCAUAGAAUCCCUGAC